CUAAACUACAUCCAAACACUGGCGGGCCCCGGCUGCCUCCGCCGAGGUUGGCGGUGUGUAACCUGCCUAACGAGAUUAGCGGGGAAGGGGCUCUCUCUCUCUCUCCCUCUCUCUCCUCUGCAGCGACGCUGCCGCCAACACCGGUGAGAAAAGCAUCUGUCGCUCGCCGGGUUUGCCGUGGUUUGUCUGAAGAAGGAUUAUAAACUUUUCAUGGGAAACUCUGCGCGGUGCAUUCAGUGAGAUGGCAUCGGACAGCGAGGUAAAAACUCUACUGAACUUCGUUAACCUGGCUUCGAGCGACAUCAAAGCGGCUCUGGAUAAAUCGGCUCCUUGUCGCCGAUCAGUUGACCACAGAAAGUAUUUGCAAAAGCAGCUCAAGCGGUUUUCUCAGAAGUACUCACGGAUCCCACGGUGUCACCCCAGCAAAGCCCCUGAGUGCGGCUGGCGCAGGGGGGCAGAGGACCGGGCCCGCGGCCCCCUGCCCGAGGCACCUGAGCCCAGCCCGCACGGCGGGGCUGCCGCCGACAAGGUGAUGCAGACAGCCGAGGCAGAGGAGGGCAUCACCGGGGAACGGGUUUUGCAGGAACAAAAACCCGAGGCUGCCCGACCCGACCAGGUGCCCAUGAGGAAGCGACAGCUCCCCGCCUCCUUCUGGGAAGAGCCACGGCCGGCCCAGAGCCUGACGGCCAGAGCCUUUGCUGCCAGCCCUGAGGGGCUGCAAGCCCCCAGAGACCCUCCUCCCUAUGAGGGGAAGAAAAGCAAACGGAGCCCAGACGCUGCUGGCCCGGAGAGUCCCCCUGACACUGCGCCACAUGCCGGGGACAAGGACCCCGCCGGGGCCCUCUCGGGCCGAGUGGGUGCUUGGACCUGCUGCCCCUUCCCCUGCCCCGGGCCAGGCGUGUACCAGCCCCCGGGAGCGCUGCCCCCGUCGCCCUUCCCGGGGCUGGGGCUGUGGAGGAAGAGCUCGGCCACGCUGCCGGCAGAGGUGCCGCCCUUCUGCAAGGAGGCCGAUGGCCCGAGGCAGAAACUCUACAGGCCCAUGGUUCUGAAACCCAUCCCCACCAAGCCCGCCAUCCCCCCUCCCAUCUUCAAUGUUUUUGGCUACCUUUAGCGGGGCGGGAGUCGGAGUCAUGCCGAACACGACAGCUCCCGAGGGGGGUUCGGAACGCACGGCCUGCCUCCGGGCAUGAGCUGCUGGCAGCGCCGAGCCGCAGGGGAAGGAGGCCGGCCAUCGCAC